AUGGAGUACAAGCGCCAAUCCCCGACGGCCGUCAAGGUCAAGCCGCGCCUCAUCAUCCACGGCGGCGCGGGCAACAUCAAACCCGCCAACCUCGCGCCGCCGCAGUACGCCGAGUACCGCGCGGCCCUCUUGACAAUCAUCAGCAAGACAAACGCCUACAUGACAACCCCCACCACCACUGCAACCGCAGCCCUGCCCAGCGCCCUGGAAACAGCCGUCCACGCCGUCACCCUCCUCGAGAACAACCCGCUCUUCAACUCGGGCCACGGCGCCGUCUUCACACGCGACGGGAUCAACGAGCUCGAGGCCAGCGUGAUGGUGACCCGCGGCUUCGCCAAGCGCGGCGUCGGCGUCACGGGCCUGCAGCACGUCAGGAACCCGAUCCUGCUCGCCAAGGCGAUGCUCGAGCACGGCGAGGCGGACCUCGGCGGCGGGAGCGACUCGCACCCUUCUUCCUCUGAGAUCGACGCGCCGUCCGCGCAGGGACACACGCUGCUGCACGGCCCGACGGCGGAGCUGCUUGCGGAGAAGUACGGGCUGGAGCUCGUGGAGCCGGGGUACUUCUUCACGCAGCGGCGGUGGGACGAGCAUAUCCGCGCGCUGGAGCGGGAGCGCACCGGCGAGGAGGGGAAUGCGACGUGGAGUAGCAGCGAGUUUCUGCCGCAGGGGACGGUGGGCGCGGUGGCGCUGGACGAGGAGGGGGUGGUGUGCGCGGCGACGUCGACGGGCGGGCUGACGAAUAAGUUGACGGGCAGGAUUGGGGAUACGCCGAGUGUGGGCGCUGGGUUUUGGGCGGAGGAGUGGGUUGAGGAGGGCGAUCCGACGGGGGCGUUUGGGAAGGGCGGUCCUGCGGUUGUGUUGUCGGAGAGCUUGAGGGGGUUGAUGGCGGAUUGUCUGCCUUCGUUGAGUGUCUACACGCCUGUGUUUGGGAAGGCGGUGAAGACUACGAGAGCGAUCGCGGCGUCAGGGACAGGGAAUGGGGACUCGUUUUGGAGAGUUGCGGCGGGGAGGACGGUUGGGGCUGUGGCGAGGUUUAAGCCUUUAUCGGGCAAGGAGGCCGUGUCGUUCGUUGCUGGGGCCGGAGGGGAGUUGCAGAGAAGUGCUGGGGACCGGUGGCGGGUUACGGGUGAGGGCGAGGGCGGGAUCAUCGGGAUCGAGAUUGCGGUCACAAGGGACGAGGAGGGUGGUGUCGUCGGCGUGAGGUCGGAGAUUCUGCAGGACUUCAACUGUAAUGGGAUGUACCGGGCAUGGAUCGACGACGAGGGUCUGGCGCACGCGAAGAUUUACCAUGACGAAGUCGAGGAGGGCGUGGAUGUUCGGCUGUACGCGGAGAAGUGGUGA